CAUUCAGUCAAAGAAAUAAAAAAAUAGAGCUCUAUGGAUGAUUCCGUAACAACAAUGGAGCAGCGACAAACUUUUGCUUCAGCAGUAGAUGCGGUAUUGAACGAGUUUAACGGGAAAUUCUCGUUAAAAAUGGAACAAAGAACAGCCCUGGAAUCAUUUAUCGAACGGAAAGACGUUUUCGCCUUGCUACCUACUGGCUUCGGUAAAAGUUUAAUUUACCAGUUAGCCCCGCUGGUCGCUAAAUCAAUGGGGAUUUGCGAGAACCCAAUUGUCGUGGUCGUCUCGCCACUAAUCGCUCUAAUGGAGGACCAGGUUCGAGAGGCGACUGCCCUGGGCAUUUCUGCUUGCCAGCUGGACCCUGACAUCGAAGCGCUAAUCAAACGAGGCAGCUUCAACAUUGUGCUAGGCAGUCCGGAGUCGUGGCUGAGUGGGAAAUGGCGCGACAUGUUGACCGACGAAGUCUACAGAAAAAAUCUCCUGGGCAUUGUCGUGGACGAAGUGCACCUCACUUACAAAUGGGGAAGAGCUUCAAAGGGUCAGACUGCCUUCAGAGAGAGUUUUUCCAGACUGGGGGAACUUCGUGCUAUUGUCAAACCAGGGACUCCUGUGAUGGCACUGACCGCAUCCGCCGAUCUGCAGUCCAGGGCCAUAGUGAAAAGACAGCUGCAUAUGGACAACGCAACUAUGCUGACUGUCAGUCCUGACAGACAGAACAUCAGACUAGGGCUGCAUCGGGUCUCGACAGACUCACUCGACUGCCUGGACUGGGUCGUAAAGGAUGUAAAGGACAAGGGUGCUGACAUGUUGCCUGUGCUCAUCUACUGUCGGACCGUGAACACUGUUGCACGAGUCUUCUGCCAUCUGAAGGCUGAGCUGGGUGACAGGGCCUGGGUUGCUGGAGAGCAGAUUGGGGACAACCUGCUCAUAGCGAUGUUCCACAGUCACACUCUGCCAGCAAACAAAAGCAGAGUACUCUCGGCACUGACAGGAGAUGGCAACUGCAGAGUUGUGGUGGCUACCACUGCUCUUGGAGUGGGAUUAAACUUUCCAAAUGUGUCCCAUGUAGUAAUGUACGGGGUACCUAAGGACACAGAGGCCAUGGUGCAGCAGAUUGAUGUGGACUUUACAGGAUACUUUGACAGCGAAGACGAUGAGUCUGGGCAUGUGCUCAUAACUUCCAGUAGUGCUGAAUCGGGGUUCUCUGUACUUAAGGGCUCUGACUAA